GCCUGCAGGAUGGAGGAGGAGGAGGAGGCGCGCGCUCUGCUGCCGGACGCGGCCCCCGCGGCCCCCGCGGCCCCGCCCGCGCUCUGCGACCCCCGCCGCCUGGCGCACCGGCUGCUGGUGCUGCUGCUCAUGUGCUUCCUGGGCUUCGGCAGCUACUUUUGCUAUGACAACCCUGCGGCCCUGCAGAUCCAGGUGAAGCAGGACAUGCAGGUGAAUACCACCAAGUUCAUGUUGCUCUACGCCUGGUACUCUUGGCCCAAUGUCAUCCUGUGUUUCCUUGGCGGCUUUUUGAUAGACCGAGUCUUUGGAAUACGGUGGGGUACCAUCAUCUUCAGCUGCUUCGUCUGCCUGGGGCAGGUUAUUUUUGCCCUGGGUGGAAUAUUUAAUGCUUUUUGGUUGAUGGAGUUUGGAAGGUUUGUGUUUGGGGUUGGUGGCGAGUCCCUCGCGGUGGCCCAGAACACAUAUGCCGUGAGCUGGUUCAAAGGCAAAGAGCUGAACCUGGUGUUUGGGCUCCAGCUCAGCAUGGCGAGAGUCGGUAGCACCGUCAACAUGAACCUCAUGGGGUGGCUAUACUCGCGGAUGGCAGCCGCGCUGGGCUCCACCGGCCACAGCACCCUCGGGGUCACACUGCUGAUCGGGGGUGUCACCUGUGUCCUGUCGCUUGUCUGCGCCCUGGUGCUCGCGUACCUGGACCAGAGAGCAGAAAGGCUUCUCCACAAGGAGCAAGGCAGGACAGGCGAGGUCAUCAAGCUGACGGAUGUGAAGGACUUCUCCCUGCCGCUCUGGCUCAUCUUCCUGGUGUGCGUCUGCUACUACGUGGCCAUCUUCCCGUUCAUCGGCCUGGGCAAAGUUUUCUUCAUAGAGAAAUUUGGCUUCUCCUCCCAGGCUGCCAGUGCCAUUAACAGCAUCGUCUACGUGAUCUCUGCACCCAUGUCGCCUGUGUUCGGUCUCCUGGUGGACAAGACUGGGAGGAACAUCGUGUGGGUCCUGUGUGCCGUGGCCGCCACGCUUGCUGCACACGUGAUGUUGGCCCUGACGCUGUGGAACCCCUGGAUUGCCAUGAGCCUCCUGGGCGUGUCCUACUCCCUGCUGGCCUGCGCCUUGUGGCCGAUGGUGGCGUUCGUGGUGCCUGAGCAUCAGCUGGGGACGGCCUAUGGCUUCAUGCAGUCCAUCCAGAACCUGGGCCUGGCCGUCAUCUCCAUCCUGGCGGGCGUGAUCCUGGACACCCGCGGGUACCUGUUCCUGGAGGUCUUCUUCAUCGCCUGUGUCUCUGUGUCGCUGCUCGCCGUGGCCUUGCUCUAUGUGGUGAACCGAGCCCAAGAUGGGAAUCUAAAUUAUUCUGCAAAACAAAGGGAAGAAAUGAAACUUUCGCACACAGAGUAA